UGACACAUUUUUUUUGACCCUUUCUAUAAAAGAAAGGGGAAGUCUGCCAGACACACUUGAGAGUUAGAAACUUGCUAUGCGAGGCUACAUUUUCUAAAUCAUGGACAAACUGUCUGUCUUUUUGUUUGUUCUUUCCUUUAACACCAUUGUCAACGCAGGUUCAGGAUCACAUUCUCUGUGGGCACUUGCAACAUAUAUAAGUGGAGAGACGCCUUUCCCUGAGUUUACGGUUGUGGUGAUGUUGGAUGACAUUCAAGUGACUUACUAUGACUCCAACAUGAAACACUUCGUCUACAGGGGUCAUAACACCUCAGACAAAAUACAUGAUGACGAAGCUAAGAACGGAGAUCUUGUAUUUGGAGUUAUGUACCACCACAUGAAAGAGAGAUACUUUCACCUAAAGCACCACUUGAAUCUCACGGAAGGUGUUCAAGUUCAGCAAAGAAUGGCUGGCUGUGAGAUGUUGGACAAUGGUGAACCAGCCCAGAUCAUGACAAAGAACACUUUCAAUGCAGUUUUUGUAGAUCAUGCAAUAUAUUACAACAUGACACAUUUUACAUAUGAUGCUGGUAAACUACUUCAAGGAUGGGGUGGGAUGAGGCAAGCACAGGAAAAAUUUCUUUAUGAGAAUGUUUUACUUCCCCUUUGCAUCAGAACACUGAAGACAAUCCUGAAGAGAGAGAAGAACGUUGUGAUGCGUAAAGUUCCUCCCAGACUCAGGUUGAUAAAGAAAGAGGUUUCUGGAGGGUUUCAGGUGAGCUGCCUGGCGUUUGGUUUCUACCCCCGCCACAUCAACCUGACCCUGCUGAGAGACGGUCAGCCAGUGGCAGAACAGGAGCUGACAGGGGGGGAGGUGCUGCCUAGUGGAGAUGGGACCUACCAGCUGAGGAAGAGUCUGGAGGUCAGUACUGAGGAGCUAAAGAAGAGACACGACUACACCUGUACUGCCUCUCACCUCAGUCUGGGCAACAAGCUGGAUGUCAGUUGGGAGUCUGGGGCAGAGAGAGUUCACCUGUCCACCCUCUCAGUUCUACUGGUGAUGCUGCUGAUUGUUAUUCUAUUGGCCAUUUUCAUUUGUGUUAAAAGGAGGAGGAGUAACACUGCCUCCCAGCUGAAACUUGCCAACGUUGAUGCAAACGUAUCAGAGGAAAUAAACCUUUCUUCAGAUUCUGAGACCUAAAACAUUUUUGGGACACUGAUGCAACUUUGUCAAUUCAGCUCAAUUCACAAUGAAAAUAUGACUGCCAGAGCAACUAUCAGAGUAGACACAAAAUGUACGAAUGAUUCUGUUAUUGUCAGUCAAUCUUCUCUUCCUCUCAACAACGGACUGUAAAGGAUCAGUUUGGGGAGACUGUUGACAAUUGUACCCUGAUGAAGACAGCUUGCCUGUCGAAACGUUGGUAAUUAAAUAUUUUUGCAUCUGAGCUCCUAGAGUGUGCGGCUCUCCUUUAUUUUCUAGUUUUCUACUCCGCUAGCCAGCACCUCGCCUACAUAGGUGUGCGUUUCUUUUUUCUUCGAGACUGUUGACAAUAACAAAUAUCGGGGCAUUAUAAGUCCAGAUCUGUAAUUUCUAAUCAUGAAUAUUCAUUAAUUUCAGAAUGUACUCUAUAUCUGUGCUGUAUUAGCUGAUAUCCAGUAUCUUAACCAGAAGGAGAAUCAUGUGAUCAUGUGUGUGAGGUCUGUUUAUUAUUGGAAUGACUUUACAGUGUCUCUGUUUUGUAUUGUAUGUAGUGUAUGUUCAUCAUUACUGCACAAUAAUACAUUUAUUACAGACAAUAAACUGUAGCCUAAUCGA